AUGUGUAGUAUGGACCUGAGUUAUCAGCCCCCAAGCCUUGGAAAGGGGGGAAGGUACUCGCGUACACAUACCUCGCAUGGCGGGGAGUCCAGAAAGUCCGAAUCGCAGCCUCGCAGGUGCCUUUUUGAGAGCCUCAAAAUUGUCGUAAGAAAGAUGCUUAGAUGCCCGCUCUGUUGACGGUGCGAUAGUUCGGUACCUGGCAGAGGGAGGAAGUAUAUCCACAUCCAACCACCACACCCCUCCAAACAAGCGUGCAAGGCAGGUACCAACCCUAUCCCGAUGUCGUCCUCCCUCUGUGCCCUCCCGAGGUCCUGGGCAUGGGCAGUCGCCCAAAAACGAAGUCAAAAUCCAACCAUCUGCAUGGGUUGUCAACGAAGCACAGACCGAAAAUGAAAAUGCACUAGUGGUGGGGGAGCUCUGAGCUUCGUUCAUUGGUCGGACGGAGACCUAGUUCAACAUCUGCUCUUCCCCGGUUCUUUCCUCUUCACUGAAUUCAGUCAAGUGUCAGACUGGAAACUUCCUCAUGAGGCAUGGUUCCUCAACUUCCUUUAAUUCGGCCGGGCAACUCCUUUCUCCAUAAACUUCUGUCCGCUAGCGUUGGUGUGGAAAGUGCUUGACUGUUGACGUACUUGAAUCUGGUCGCUCCCUUUGUCAAUAUCAAAUUACCCUCCUACUCGUACCUUGUAGCAUUCUCGCCUCGACGUCAAUCAGACAAACACUAGUUCCCCAGAAUAGUUCGCCAAGUCGAAUUUAUGGGUAGAGGCCGUUAGAGGGUAUUUCCAAGGCUUUUAAGGUUUGCCAUUUGGGUUCUUAUCUAGGAAGAAAAAUCCGACAAAAUUAGGGUAAGCGGGGAAAUGAUUCUCCCUCUACAAAACCCUCAAUUGCCCUUCUUGCAAGCUUACGAAUGAGUACAGUACAGAAAUCUGACAGUUAAUUAAAAAAAAAACGGAACUCCGAAUAUCCUCCUACCGACCUUGCACGGGAUUUUGCCCAGCAAUAAGACCCCGAAAUUCAACAUGACGUCCUACUUUACUCAACCCUUAGCUCGAGGGGGGGAUUUGAUUAGAAGCACUCUAGGAUGUGUUUCUUGGGGUCCUGCGUUGUCAAUUUCGAAAACUGCUGUCUCUUCGCUCUUGUCUCGGAUUGAACAUGGGACACUCACCAUUGAAGACCAAACUACCGGCCAGAAACAAUCCUUUGGCCAGAAAAUCGCAAGGGAGCAUUUGAAAACGACGAAUGGUGUUAAUGGGACCUCGAGGAAGAGUACUGGAGUGGGAUUGGUGGAAUUGGUUGUGAAGAAGGAGACUUUUUGGGUGAGGUUGGCUCUGUUUGCGGAUAUGGGGUUUGCAGAAGCGUAUAUGUUGGGAGAAGUAGAAUGUUCGGAUCUCACUGGGUUUUUCCAGGUAAAUAUUCUCUCCUCCCAAAAAUCCAAAUAUUCGGUAGAUUAACAAGCAAAGCUCUUUAUCCUCAACCGUAAACAACUAGCAAAUGCGACAACCCUCACUUCCUCAAUCGCAGAAACCAUCACCGGUCUCGCAAGAAGCACAAAUACCCUUUCCAACUCCCUCCUCAACGUCUCCGCCCACUACGAUAUCAGCAAUGAAAUGUUUGCUGCCUUCCUCUCUGACGAUAUGACAUAUUCCUGUCCCAUCUGGCAACCCCAAAUUAGCGCUACCACCGUCGAAGAAACUUUGGAAGCUGCACAAAUGACAAAACUCCACCGUUUCAUCGACGGCGCGAAGAUCAAGCCUUCUGACCACGUUCUCGAAAUUGGCACAGGGUGGGGUUCUUUCGCCAUUGAAGCAGUCCGCACAACCGGAUGUCGUGUUACCUCUCUUACUCUGUCCAUUGAACAGAAAGCACUGGCCGAGAAACGGAUUUUUGCCGCGGGGUUCUCUGAUAAAAUCGAAGUUUUACUUAUGGACUACCGCGCCCUCCCCAUUCCAAAGGUUCUCUAUGAUAAAAUCAUCUCCAUCGAAAUGCUAGAAGCUGUCGGGCGGGAAUAUCUAGAAACCUACUUUGGGUGUAUACACCGACUCCUGAAGUCCGACGGUAUCGCGGUCUUUCAAUGUAUCACCAUGCCAGAGGGAAGAUACGAAGCCUAUGCUAAAGGCGGGGACUUUAUCAGAAAGUAUAUCUUUCCUGGAGGCCAUUUGCCUAGUAUCACUCAAUUGAUUGAUAAUAUUACCAAGGGGAGUGAGGGGACGUUGAUUGCGGAGAAGAUUGAGAAUAUUGGAGGGCAUUAUGCGAAGACUUUACGUCUGUGGAGUGAAGCGUUUGGGAAGAACUUUGAGAGUAGGAUCAAGGGGGGUUUGAUGAAGGAGCAUCCCGAGAUGGGAGAAAGGGAGUGUGAGGUUUUUAGGAGGAAAUGGGAGGUGAGUUUUUGACCGUCUUCUUUUUCCCUCGGUCCCUUUUUUACCUUGCCUUGGGGCUCGACUUCCCUCUGUUUCGGUGCAGGAAGUGAGAUGUCGUGAAGCGGAAGUUGUCUUGCGUCACUUAAGUUCGAGCAUUUACUGACAAACUGGUGCGAAUAGUACUAUUUCUCCUACUGCGAAGCCGGGUUCGUCACGAAGACGCUUGGCGAUGUGAUCAUUACGGUUGGGAGGGAGGGAUGUAUGGAAUUGAUGGAUGGGAUUCCACGAUGAACCUUUUCUUUAUAUCAGGCUGGUUUAAGUUUGAUGAUGGCGUUUCUCUUUUUUUUCUCUCGCGAUUCAGCGGCGGCGUUUUUUGGGAAGGAUCUUGGGUGAGAUGGUUAAUGUUUUUGUUUUGUUUUGUUUCCUGGUUUGUUGGAGGGGGGAAGGGGGGAAGGGAUUUGGUUUGUUCAUUUAGAGAAGGAAAGGAAGGGUAUAGGUAGGUAUGAUUUAGAUUAGAGAUGAGAAUAGAGGGGUUUGAUUUAGAUA